UAGUGGGAGCGGAGAUGGCGAUGCAUCCAGCAAGCUGGGAACGACGGACGGAGACAAAGUUAGCCGGCGAUGUAGAGGUGGUCGUUCGUUGGUUUUAAAAGCUGGGAGCUCUGGGCCGUGAGGUGGCGCCAGUGGCGCAGUGGAAUGAUUGUUGGCUGGACGGUAGCUGCUGAAGAGCGGCCCUUGGGCCCGCGCAGAAGUGAGCGACGUUAAGUUGCGCCCGUUUCGCCGGGGCCGCGUAGGUGGCCUCCACGCUUCCAUAUGUUUUGGUGUAGACCUCGACGGGCGAAGAAGGGGAGGGAAGGAGGCCAGAGAGGGCGUGCAGAAAAGAUCGCGUAGAUUUGCGAGGCGAGGCGAAGUGAGGUGAGGUGAGGUGAUCGAGAAAUUCAGGGCCAUAUCCCGCCCUGCAGGGAGUGGGUGGGCCACUGCAGUUCAGCAUGGGAAUGUCAUGGCGUAAUCCAUCUGCCGUCGGUGUAUGCGCGCACGAGCCUGCUUUGCGUUCCAAAUUUGGUGGGGGUGGUUUGGUCCCCGUGCACUUCUCUGGAAAUUACAGCAGUUGCGGAAGCAGUGGGUCGGAUGUGGUUAGCGCCUCCUCGCGUAGGUGGGAAGCGAGGAGCUCGAAUGGCUUGCUGACUUGUUUUGAUGCCGGGUGCCGAUCGAGGAAUGGAUCAGAAAUCGUCCAUGGUUCGGGCAGAAGCCUAGGGUUGAGAUUGUCCGGACGAGUUGUUCGUUUGGAGAACUCGAAGCAUAAGCAUUUAUCGGUUCGUGCAGCUGGUGAUCAGAAUGGCAAGAAUACGACCGGUGAUGAUCCGGUGGAAACAUUGUUCAUGAAGGAACUUAGGCGAAGGGGUAUAUCUUCUGAUGGUAAGGGAUCCACAGGAACCGAGACUAGAACCAAAUCAGACGAUGACAACGUCGGUGGACCAGGGUCCAGUGAAAGAGGAUGGUCUCAGCAAGGUGGGUCCAAGACAAAAUCUUCCUCCCAGUGGACGGCAGCUGAAACUGAUGACCAGUUAAAACGUUCAAGGGCUUUGAAUAGUGAAGGUUUAGAGGGUCUGAUUCCCAGGGCAACAGAGCUAUUGAAGCUUGGCGGAUCCUUCUGGAUAGUGUUCUGGCCUCUCAUAUUGGCAAGUCUCGCAACAUUCAUUACGCUUUAUGUGUACUUUGGAGCGAACUUCCUUCAUACAGGCAGCAGCAUUUAUCCAGGAGGAAGGCCUCCAUAUGUUGAGCCUUACCAGCUACUGGAAGAGGAGACCAUUCCAUUAGAAAUAGGUCCCGAUCGAGUUCCAUACAGUAGGAGCAACGCCUCUCCUUAGAAAUUUGUGUACUAUUUCAACAUCCCACGUCAUGAAUAUACUGUGUAUAUAUCUGAAGGUGAGUCUGUUCACAACACUCUGCAUUUGAGGAGUAUGUUGACCUCACUGCGGUACUGUAAUAUGCUUUAGUUCAUUUGUACAAGGUCGGAUGACCCAAAUUUGAAAGAUCGAGAGUAUGUAGAUGUCUAUGGUGCAUUUUGAGGAUGAUAGUUAUAUUCUGAAAGUUUUGUUGCAUAGAGUACCAAAAUACUCAAUCGUUUCAGGUGAUUCUCUGUCAGAUAAUGUCGGUUGAACGUUUGUGGCAUUGGAGUAUAUAUAUGAAUACCUGGUUGAUAC